AUGCACAACUCUAACACCAAGUUUGCUGACGACACAACGGGGGUAAGCCUGAUCACUGGUGAUAAUGAGACGGCCUACAAGGAGGAGGUCAGAGACCUGGCAGUGUGGCGCCGGAACAACAACUCAAUCCCUGCUGCGGUGACCAGGACGCUCCGACUCACAGUUCACCACCGCCAGACACUGUCAGUGGCGCUGGACGGCUUUGUGUCUGGUGGUCGGAGGUUCAAAUCCGGAGCCAGCAGACACGUUGAACACAAGAAACUGUACGGGCCCAUCUGGUGCUCGCGGUUCGGCCCAUUUGAUGUGGUGAACGUGGCGUCUCCAGAGCUUAUAUCCCAGGUGAUCCGCCAGGAGGGUCGCUACCCGGUCCGGACAGAGCUGCCACACUGGAAGGAGUACCGCGAUAUGAGGGGACAGGCCUAUGGACUCCAUGUGGAUAAAGACCUACAGUGGUACCGUAUCCGUAGUGUCCUGAAUCCAAAGAUGCUGAAGCUAGCGGAGGUAUCUGCGUAUGCGCCUGUCAUCCACCAGGUGGUAGGGGACCUGCUACAGCGUAUUGAGAGGCUCCGCCUCCGCAGUCAGGACCACACCACCGUACCAGACCUCACCGCAGAGCUCUACAAGUUUGGCUUUGAAGGGAUCUCUUCCAUCCUGUUUGAGACGCGGCUGGGUUGUCUGCAGGAGGAGAUCCCUAAGGACACGCUGAAGUUCAUCGCUGCAGCCAACGACAUGCUAACCCUGUCUGAGACCGUCCUCUUCCUCCCGCUCUGGACACGCAACGUCCUGCCCUUCUGGAAACGAUUUAUCCAAGCCUGGGACGACCUGGUGAAUGUAGCUCAGCGUCUGAUUGACCAUAAGUUGGCGCAGAUGGAUGCCCAGGUGCUUGCUGGGAAGCAGGUGGAGGGGAUGUAUCUCACCUACCUGCUGUCCUGUGAUAAACUGACCCUGAGAGAGGUGUACAUCUGCGUCACAGAGCUGUUGCUGGGCGGAGUGGACACGACGUCCAACACCUUGUCGUGGGCAUUGUACCUCUUGGCUCGCGACGCCGCGUCUCAGGACAGGCUGUACCGUGAGAUCAUGUCCGUGUGUCCGGGAAGACAGCAGCCCAGAUCAGAGGACCUGAGCAGGAUGCCCUACCUGAAGGCUGUCAUCAAGGAGACUCUAAGGAUGUACCCUGUAGUUCCAGGGAAUGGCCGUCUAACCGUAGACAAUGACGUUGUUGUGGACAACUACUGGUUCCCAAAGAAGACCCAGUUCCAUCUAUGUCACUAUGCUGCCAGUCAUGACGAGGGGGAGUUUGUGGAUGCAGAGUGUUUCAAGCCUGAGCGUUGGCUGCGAGGGCACCCAGAGUCGUACCAACACCACCCCUACAGCUCUAUACCCUUCGGGGUGGGCGUGAGAGCCUGUGUGGGCAAGAGAGUGGCAGAGCUAGAGAUGUACUUUGCACUCUCCAGGCUGAUGCAGCAUUAUGAGAUCCAGCCAGAGGAUGGGGCCCCGACCACAGAGCCCAAGACUAGAACACUGCUCAUCCCGUCCAAACCCAUCACCCUGCGCUUCCUACCCCGAGCCUGAGGAGGGUGCCAGGGAGUUAUAGAAAGAGAUUGACAGGAGGGUCUGGUGUUGUGAUGUGAUAGCCUCCAGUCCCCUAGAUCCCCUUAAACAUAGCCGCAGGAAGUAGUUUGGGGGGGGGGGGGGGGGGUGCUGAAAA